GUAUAUCUUGCGACGCAGUCGCAAAUAUAACUCUGAUGCUCAAUACUUUUAAAAAAAAGUGUUAUACAGUGCUACCACUGAAUCAGUCAGCGUUUAUUUUCCGAGAGUAAAGGACAACUAAAAGAUCAGCACAAAAAGAAAUUUAAUCUAAUUUGUAUACACGAAUCGCGAUUAAUUAAAAUUUCGAAUUAACCUUCAAAUUUUAAUUCAGGAUUAAUUAAUUAAAUUAAGAUGGAAUUUUUGGAGCCAAACAGACCCAUUCGGUGCACAUGGACCCCGAACGCUUCAGACACACCUCAUUCUUACUUCCGAAACCAAAUGGAUAAAAAGAAAAUAUUACCAAAUGUUUUGGAAGCAAUGGGAGAUACUCCAAUGAUUCGUUUGAACAAAAUUCCCAAAUUACAUGGAAUUGAAUGCGAAAUGCUGGUAAAAUGUGAAUUCCUGAAUCCUGGGGGUUCAGUGAAAGACAGAAUCGCUUUCAGAAUUGUUAAAGAAGCUGAGGAAAAAGGCUUGAUAAAGCCAGGGUACACCUUAAUUGAAGCAUCGAGUGGAAAUACAGGAAUUGCAGCAGCGAUGGUAGCUUCUGUAAAAGGGUACAAGUGCAUUAUUAUAAUGCCGAGUUUUAUAUCAACCGAGAAGCAAGCGAUAAUUGAAGCUCUAGGAGGUCAAGUCUUAAGAUGUCCAAUGACAGCUGCAUGGGAUGGUCCAGAGGGAGUUUUCGCCGUUGCCGAAAGACUGAAUAAGGAGAUUCCAACUAGUUUUAUACUCAAUCAGUUUACAAACACUGGGAACGCUUUGGCUCAUUAUGAUACGACAGGAAUGGAAAUUUUUGAGCAAACAGAAGGAAAAAUUGACUAUCUUGUCGCUGGAUCUGGAACUGGAGGAACUCUCACAGGUAUUGCUCGAAAACUCAAAGAAUUAUCUCCAGAGACGAAAAUUGUUGGAGUCGAUCCGGAGGGCAGUGUGGUUGCAGAACCUCCAGAAUUAAACGAUCCAACAAUUACCUGGGAAAUGGAAGGAAUCGGAUACUAUUUUGUACCGACGAGUCUGGACAGAAGAAUAAUUGAUUUUUGGAUAAAGAGUAACGAUCGUGAUUCGUUCUUAACAGCUCGAAGUCUCAUUCAUGACGAGGGUUUACUUGUCGGUGGAAGUAGUGGAGCAAUUAUGUCAUCAGCAAUUAAAGUGGCAAAAAAAUUACCGAAAGAUAAGCGUGUCGUGGUUUUAUUACCAGACGGAAUUCGAAAUUACUUGACAAAAUUUGUCUCUGACGAUUGGAUGGAGUAUCAUGGAUUCAUAGAUCCCCCCGAACCCAUCGAGAAAAAUCGCUGGUGGUGGAAUCUUCCAGUUUCUAAAAUGCAAUUAAUCAAACCAAUAUUUUUACGAAAUGGUGCGACAUGCAAAGAGACAAUUGAUAUUUUACAAAAAUCAACGAUUCAUCAAAUUCCGGUUCUAAUGGAGAAAAAUAAAGUUAAGGGAAUUAUUACACUCAAUGAAAUUCAAAGUAAUUUGAUUCAAGGCCAAAUGGAUGAUGAUGAUCCAGUGGAGAAUAUAAUGCUAACGAAAUUCCCAAAACUCGAAAGUUCAGCUACACUUGGCAGACUUUCCCGAAUUCUAAAAAAUGAACAAUUUGCCAUUAUUCUAAACAACAAUGAAUUCGUGGGAGUGGCCAGACAAAUAGAUUUGUUGAAUUUUAUCAAAAAAUAAUGCUGAUCAUUAAAA